AUGCCUACAUCCCGCCACGUAUUCUUGCUUCUGCUCACCCCGCAAUUUGCUCAUGAAUGCAUCAUACAUAUGCAUCAUGCGUCACCCCGACGCGGACGCUGCUGUCAGCCCAGCGCACACACCAGCAUCCGUGCCGGCGGGACGUCACGCAUCCUUCCCACUCCCCCACACUUUCGCCACUCGAUCAUGACAUCGACCAUGAUCGGCUCCAGCCGAUCACCUACAGCUCCAACCGAUCACUCACCUCCGAUGGUCCACGGAGCGCGAUCUGCCUCCGCUCCGUCGUGGCGUUGUGGGUCCAGGGACAGGCACCGAGGCACCGAUCGUGCACCAGCAUCCUCGGUCGAUCAGGCACGUCAGCGGGGGUGGAGAGAUGCGAGGAUGCGCGUGCACACGUCUACGGGUAGCAGAGACGCAAAGACAGGUGAAUGGAGGUGGAUGGCGCGUCAUGCACUGUGGAGUGAAGGGGCAUCCGACAUUGCUCGACACGCCCUACCUGCUUACGUUCACCAACGCGACCGACGAAAGAUCAACUACUCACACGACAACACUCCAACCACAAUGCAGACGAACGCCAACGCCAACGUGAAGCGCCUGCUCGCGCUCGUCCUUGUCGCAUGCAUUAGCACGCGGGUCGAUGCCGCGGCGAUCCAGCCUCACUACGGUAUCCCCCUCUUGCGCCCCUCCUUGUUCCCAUUCCCAUUCUCGUCCACCCCAUCCGACACGACCGCCACCGUCACCGUGACGGAAACGCUCCCUGCUGUGACAGUCACCGUCACCGCGAGUCCCCUCGCGAAGCGCGACACGGCACUCGAGGACGUGGAGACCUUCUUCGGGAACGGUGCGCCGUACGCGGCGCCGAGCGCGAUUGCAGUGCUGAACGCGUAUUGCGCGGGAGCUGGAUACAGCGGGAGUGGGUCGGGGUCAUCUGGAGGAAGCACGAACUCCGGCGCGUCUUCUAGUGGCUCUGACUUUGACUCUGGUGCGGACACGGAGACGAGCGUUGGUACGAGUUCAGGCUCGGCCACGAACACUGGCGGUGGGGAAGGCUCUAACGUAGGAUCGAACCCAUCGGGAGAGGGAACGGGCUCCACGUCCUCUGGCACGCCCUCUGGCCCAAGCGCAGACAAUGGAUCUGGCGCAUCGACCAGUGGCAGCGCGUCUGGGAGCAGCGGAUCGCUGGGCUCGGGCAGCGGAGGAGAGACAAGUGGGACUGGGUCUAACACAGGCUCUGGGACAUCUGGUGCAGGGAGCGGGACAUCUGGUACAGGCAGCGGGGCAUCUGGCGCAGGUUCCGGGACGUCCGGCACAGGCAGCGGAACGUCUGGUACGGGCAGCGGGUCGACGACGGGGAGUGGGAGCGGGAAUGGUGGUGGAUCGAGCGCAGGCGGGACAGGCGGAUCAGGCGCUGGCUCGGGUUCAGGCUCAGGCUCAUCAGGCGCCAGCGCGGGCGCUCCCUCCUCGUCCUCUUCGACUGACGGCUCUGCGCCCCUGCUGAGGGUCGGUGUGGGCCAGGUGGCGGGUUCUGGUACGGACUCUGGCUCUGGCUCUGAUGGGGACGCGCUCGUCUCUGUUGGCCUAGAUGGCUUGGGCGCGACAGCCACUGCGGGCAACCUCGCGUCGAUCGGGAUCGCUGCACCUACUGCUGGUCCGAACACUGGCUCGGGCAGCUCUGGCAGCGCUGCGAAUGCGCCAUUGAUUGUGGUCGAUGCAGACCCCAACUCCUCCACUGACUCUGGCGGCUCCUCUGGCUCUGGCUCGGGUGGAGACGCGAAUGCUGCGCUCAUCUCUGUCGGUGCAGACGGGUCUGGUGCAACUGCCACUGCGGGCAACCUCGCCUCUGUUGGCAUCGCUGCUCCCACCGCACCUGCUGUCUCCUCCGGCUCUGGCUCCUCUAACAACGCGAAUGCCCCGCUGGCAGUAGUCAACGCAGGCUCUUCCUCCUCGCCCUCGUCCGGCUCUGGCUCAGGUCCAGAUGCGCUCAUCUCCGUCGGCGCAGACGACUCAGGCGUGACCGCCACUGCAGGCAACCUCGCCUCCAUCGGCCUCGCUGCUCCCACCGCACCUGCUGCCUCCCCCACCUCUGGCUCCAGCUCCGGCUCCGGCACCUCUAACAACGCGAACGCCCCACUGGCAGUCGUCAACGCAGGUUCUUCCUCCCCGCCCUCAUCCGGCUCUGGCUCAGGUCCAGAUGCGCUCAUCUCGGUUGGUGCAGACAAUUCAGGCGUGACCGCUACUGCAGGAAACCUCGCCUCGGUAGGCAUCCCUGCCCCCACCGCACCUGCUGCCUCCCCCACCUCUGGCUCCAGCUCCGGCUCCGGCACCUCUAACAACGCGAACGCCCCACUGGCAGUCGUCAACGCAGGUUCUUCCUCCUCCUCGCCCUCAUCCGGCUCUGGCUCAGGUCCAGACGCGCUCAUCUCGGUUGGCGCAGACAAUUCAGGCGUGACCGCUACUGCAGGAAACCUCGCCUCUAUCGGCAUCCCUGCCCCCACCGCACCUGCUGCCUCUCCCACCUCUGGCUCAGGCUCCUCUAACGACGCGAACGCCCCGCUGGCAGUAGUCAACGCAGGCUCUUCCUCCCCGCCCUCGUCCGGCUCUGGAUCAGGUCCAGACGCGCUCAUCUCCAUUGGUGCAGACAACUCAGGCGUAACCGCCACUGCCGGCAACCUCGCCUCGGUCGGCAUUCCCGCGCCCACACCUGGCCCCGCCGACACUCCCUCCUCCUCCUCAGACUCGUCCGCUCCGCUCAUCGUCGCGAACGUCGCUCCCGCGUCGGACUCGGGCUCCAACUCGGGCUCCAACUCGGGCUCGGGCUCUGGCUCGGACCCGUUCAUCUCGGUUGGUGCGGACUCGGGAGGCGCGACUGCUACCGUUGGCUCUCUCGCCUCUGUUGGACUGUGAGCGCCAGCAUUGUGCAUACGUUCCCUCUACGUGAAUAUCCCGCCUUGAUUUGGACUUGUAUUUGUACGUCUCAAACUUCUCUUGUAUUUGUAUCGUAUUGGACUGCCUCUCUUCUGUACUUGUACGCUCCCGUUCAUUCUCUCUCCUGUGUUUUGAAACCCUCGCAUACACGCACCGGUUGCCUGCCUUGUAUUUGUAUGCUUUCUGCUUAGCGUUCCCUUCUCGUGUAUUCGUAUUCGCUUUCGGCUUUU